AUGGGCAAAAUGAGAUCUCCCCUUAGUGUCUCUAACAACACUUAUAUAAGUUUUUAUAUUAAUUCAUACAUCCUUUGCAUUAAACAUUUCAAAAAGGAAACUUCAUUGCCUCUAGCUAGUGAUAGUUUUUCAUAUAGUUGGUUAUCAAACUCCAAUAAUUCCCCUGUUGAUUUUCUUGAUGAGGAGCCUCAUAGAGAAUCUUUUAGUAGUUUCUAUGGAGAUACUACCUUAGAAGAAUUCAAUACCUCAAAUAAUGUCCAGAAUUUCAAUUUUGAUACAUGUAUCACUCAAUCAAAUUUUGUGCUUGUUCAUGCUGAUGAGAUUUUCUCUAAUGGCAUUCUUACACCUGUUUUUGUUGAUUCUUCAAAAAUAGAGUUGUUGUGCAAUACUCAAGAUCCUAUUCAAACAAACAUUGGUGCUUCUUUUUCUACUAGAAGAUUAACUUCAAAAAAUAUGGAAAUUCAUCAUGGUUUUCUUACAAGGUGGAGAAAAUCAACAUGGAGAACUUUGCUACAAUUUUUUAGGUAUUUCAAUCCAUUAAGGCAAAAAUUGGGGAAAUCAACGAAAAACAAUAAAGUUGAUGAUGUUGAUAAGAUAGAUUGGAAAGCAUCUCCUAUUGGUGAUUUUCAUAUUGAUCAUGAUAACUCAAUUUAUGAUGCAGUCCUCCAUUGCAAAAGAUCAAUAGGAAAAUGAUCUAAGAUAAAGAGGAGAGUUGUAGGAGGAAUUGGUGAGCACCUAGAAAAUGUAUGAUGGCUGAUUGAGCAUUCCAUUUUGUUCUUGGUGUCGUUUCUUUCUACUGAUAUAUUUGUCUUCUUUCUUUCAUGUUACUUGUAUAUUUCAAUGCAGAAAAAACUGUUUUUGGUUGACAGACCACCAGCUGUGAAAUUUAAAAUGAAUAAAUUUUAUGAAUGUUGGAUCAUAUUGCUCCUUGAUAUAUAAUUAAUAAGUCUAGAGUAUAUUUAUAUAUUUAACAUAGAAAAGGUAUAGAAAGUAUUUAAAAGUGUGUACUAAUUAUGAAUUUAUGAAUGUCCUCUUACAAGUAAGUCUUGAAUUCUCUAAUUGUACCUUUAAUUUACCUCCUUGUACUUGACAUUUGUAAUUAAACAAAUUGUGAGUUCUCUAUUAUAAACACUUAUCUUCCUUUAAUAAAGUGGUAUCUGAGUUUCAUUUGUAAAAGUUUAGAGAAAAAAAUUGAGAGAUAGUAAGUUGUGACAACACUACUUUCCAUUUUCUUCUUCUUACAAAUGAGAUUUAUGAAAAAUUGUGUCAUGGCAUAAAAUCAUUGUCUGGCUCUCAAGGUGUGUAGGGGAUUAUGGAGAGGUUGUCUCAAAAUGAGAAUGGGAGUGAGACAUUGUGAACAAAAAGAAGAAAGAUCAUUGUGUUCUCACCCUCAUCCAUCAAUAUUUAGAUGAUGAUAUGUUUUAGAAGGUUGUUGAUGCUACUUGUUCAAAGGAAUCUUGAGAGAUUUUUGUGAAAUCAAACCAAGACAUUGACAAAGUGAAUGGAGUUUUGAAUAUGAAAGAUUCUGAAUGAAUUUUGGAUUACUGUUCAAGAAUGAAGGCAAUUGUAAAUCAAAUGAAAAGAUAUGGAGACAAAAUAAAAGAUGUUUGUGUGGUGGAGAAGAUUAGUUCCUUAACUCCUAAGUUUGAUUGUAUGGCGUGUUAUUGAGGAAUAACAAAAAACCUGACUCAACAUCAAUUAAAGAAAUAAAAGGUUCUUUGUAAGCUUAAAAAAAAACUAAAGAAAUAGCAAGAAGAGUCAUUGUUAGCAAGUUCUCAAAAUCAAAUCUUCAUUUAUGGAUGACGUAGGAUUAAAUAAAGUUGGUGUGGACAAGAGAAUGAAAACAUGGUCCUAGCUAAGGAGGAAGAGGCAACAAUGAUGAAUCAAUCUACGAGGAAAAAUGUCAUUUAUCAUCAAGAAUUCGUAGAAGAAUGAGGUUUAUGAAUAUUAUCAAAGUGAAAGGAGGUAUGACAAAUGUAAAGUUGAAUGUUAUAAUAGUCAUGAAUUUGGUCAUUUUCUUGAAAAUGUCGUAAUGCUCUUAAGCAAGAGGAAGAAAAGUCUAAUCUUGUUGAUGAAGAUGAGAAGCCAACUUUGUCGGUAAAAUCCAAGGAAGGGGAGAGAGAGGACAAGAGAGAGAUGUUAAUAGUACGGUAAUUGGACAAUGAAGCAUAUAUGUGGAUGCAAGGAAAAUUUCUGUGAAGUUUAAUGAGAAGGUAAAUAGAAUUGUUCUCUCUGUAGACUCAUCAAGAGUGCCAAAAUUGUAAAUAACAUCUCAAUACAAUUUAAGUAUAAUAUCAACUUCUAACUACUUAAAAACA